AUGCCAGAAGCGAUAGGAAAACUUCAACUUAAAAGCAGCUUUAAGGCGACACAAACCAUCAAACCUCUUUAUACGGGUGGGAAAGUAGCUAUAUCACCGGAUGAAAAUCUCUUGAUAACUACUAUUGGUGAUAGUAUCGAAGUAACUGAUCUUCAAAAUGGAAAGAAAGUACUUCAUUUGAGUGGUGAUAGUGAAUUGAUUACUACUUUUGCGAUAACACCUGAUGGUAAUUACAUCGUAACUUCAAGUCGAAGUUUAGUUGUAAAAAUAUGGGAUUUUAAAACAGGACAGAUAAAAAAAUCUUUUAAAGCACAUGAAGCUCCAAUAAUAGUAAUGGAUAUAGAUCCUACUUCUUCUUUAGUCGCUACAGGAUCUGCUGACAGUACAGUUAAAGUUUGGGAUAUUGAAGGUGGUUUUUGUACACACAACUUUCGAGGUCAUGGGGGCAUAAUUAGUGCACUCAAAUUUCAUUUGGAAAAUAAUCGAUGGACGUUGGUUUCGGGAGCGGAUGAUUGUAACAUACGUAUAUGGGAUUUACAGGAGCGAAAGUGUAUUGCUGUAUUAAAGAGCCAUGUUAGUGUGAUUCGUGGAUUAGAUAUGUCGAAUGAUGGUCGGUUUCUUAUUAGUGGUUCUCGUGACAAGGUUGUAAAUGUAUGGGACUUUGAUAAAAAGAUAUUAUUGAAAACUUUUCCAAUCUUUGAGACAAUCGAAACAUUAGGGGUUUUGCAACUCCACACAACGAUAAAAAAUAUGGAAGAGGAUUUUGAGUUAUUUUAUACUGGUGGUGAUAAGGGAAUCAUUAGAAUAUGGGACAUUAAAACUGGUAAACUUAUCCAGACUCAAGAACCAGAAAAGAAUACCAAACACGUAAUAUCUGAUAUUAUUUAUCUCCGUAAAAGUAAUAUUUUGACUGCUAUCACCAGUAAUCAAAGUAUAUUAUUUUACCAAAUUACCUCUGGUCUUAAGCGUGUGAAGCAAAUUGUUGGGUACAAUGAAGAGGUUAUUGAUCUUACAUAUGUUGGAAAAGAUGAAACACACCUUGCUAUUGCUACCAAUACAGAGCAAAUAAAUUUAUAUAAUAUUAAAAUAUGGAGUAUCGAUGUGGAUAACGAAAAUUCUGAUGAUAGCCAAGUCAAUUGUUUAGGUGUAUGUAUAGGUCAUACUGCAGCAAUUGGAACUGUAGCUUUUUCAAAGAAAUCUUUAAAGUUUUGCCUCACUGGUAGUCAGGAUCGCACCAUAAAAUAUUGGGACUUAUCGCAUUUAGAUCGGUCUAGAUCUGAUGAAAAUUUUAGACCGAAAGUUCUAUAUACAAACAAAGCGCAUGAUAAGGACAUUAACUCAAUAGCAGUUGCACCAAACGAUAAGAUUUUUGCCACUGGUUCACAAGAUAAGAGUGUCAAGAUAUGGUCUGUUAAUGAUGGGAAAUUACUUGGCACUUGUUCUGGACACAAACGCGGUGUCUGGUCUGUCCAGUUUUCACCAGUUGAUCAAACUAUAGUAACAAGCUCUGGAGAUAAAACCAUCAAAAUUUGGUCAACAACAAACUUUUCUUGCUUAAAGACCUUCGAAGGACAUACCAAUACUGUCCUGAAAGCUUCAUUUCUGACAUAUGGAACUCAACUAAUAUCUUGUGGUUCAGACGGUCUUCUUAAACUUUGGACAAUUAAGUCCAAUGAAUGUAUUACUACAUUGGACAAUCAUACAGAAAAAAUAUGGGCAUUGACAGUACGCAAGGAUGAAAAUGUUGUCGCAUCAGGUGGCGCUGAUUCUUUGAUAAAUUUAUGGGAGGAUUGCACCGUUGAAGAAAUGGAAAAACGUGUUAGAGAAGAAGAGGAGCAAAUUUUAAAAGAACAGAAUUUGGCAAAUUAUUUGUUGAAGAAGGACUAUCAAAAUGCAAUUACUCUUGCCAUGUCUUUGAAUCAACCGUUUAGACUACUGAAUCUUUUUACUGAAAUACUAGACAACCGAGCUGAAGAUAUUAGUAUCACAGGAUCUGAAUCUAUUGAUAAAAUUAUUGCUACCCUUUCCAAAGAAGAUAUUGAAAAGAUGCUUCAAUACAUCCGUGAUUGGAAUACUAAUGCCAAACAUUUUCGAACAGCACAAACGAUGUUACAUGCUAUUUUGAAAACAUAUUCAUCUAAUGAAUUAUUAGAAAUUAAUGGCAUAAAAGAG